UGGACAGACGCCCCACAGGUCCGGGGCACUUUUGAUCUGCUUUUAUCGUGUAUCACGACAUUGUCUCUUUGCGCGUGGACGGCAUACCACCCAAACGUCUAUUACACAUCCUCUGGGUGGCGACGACUCGGACACAGAGCACUCUGGAUGGCAAUUGCAGUUUUCUUACCAGAGGUCGUUCUAUACUGUGCGUGGGAACAGUGGUGGGCUGCAAGAAAGCUCAGAAACGCGAUCGAUACGACUGGGGCUUCUGCAUUUGAUGGCAACGGUAGAUGGACAUGGACCACAGAACAAGCAUUUUUUGCACUGACGGGCGGCUUUGCGAUACCAGCACCAAGUCGUCUGGAAAGCGCAACUGCUUUGGAGAACAAGUCUGCAGCACCCACCCAUCUCACUUUAACGCCAUCGGGAAUAUUAUUCCUCGCACAGCUCGGGCUACUACCGAAUACAACCCCGGAAACAGUCUCUGACAAAUCGAAGGCAGAUCUAAUAGCGAAAUUAGUUGUGUGUAUACAGGCCGGUUGGUUUCUACUUCAAUGUCUUGCACGGACAGUGAAAGGCCUCCCUCUCAGUCUCUUGGAGAUCCAUGUCCUGACACACGUCUUGUGUGCAUUUGCAAUGUACCUACUUUGGAUUGACAAGCCAUACGACGUGGGAAGUCCAAUCAUGAUU